UUUUUGACACAGCCAUGGCUCAGAAAGCAGCGACACUCCUGGUUCUCUCUCUCCUCCAUGUCUGCUCUCCUCACCCUCACAGUCGCCCCUCCAACUGGCUUCGACAGUGUCAUGCCUCCACCAACCUUUCCAUCACAGCACUGGAGGUGCUGCCAGGUGGAGGCUGGGACAACCUUAGAAACAUGGAUAUGGGUCGGGUCAUGAACUUCAGCUACUCUCAGUGUCAGACCACCGAGGAUGGACUCUACUUCAUCCCAGAUGAGGUGUUUGUCAUCCCCCAGAAGGAGACUGGCGUGGAGACUAACUCGGAGAUCAUCAGCUCUUGGCUGGAACAGAAAAGCUCAACAUCUCACACUAUAAAUUCAGAUGUAUCCUUCCUCUCAGUGUUGAAUGCAAAGUUUUCUUCUGAGAACCAGAGGAUGAAAACCCACCAGGUUAAAGAUUCCUCUACCACAGCCAGAGUACAGGUUCGUAACUUAAUCUACACAGUGAAGGCAUAUCCCGACUUCACAGUGGACUCCCGCUUUGCACAACAAGCAGAGGAGAUAGCAGACGCUAUAGAAAACAACCAGACUAGGCUUGCAACCUAUCUGUCUGAGAAGAUAGUGUUUGACUAUGGAACCCAUGUAAUAACAAGUGUUGAUGCUGGAGCUUCUUUAGUGGAAGAAGACUACCUCCGGUCCUCCUAUGUGUCUGACAGUGCGUCACAAAGCUCCACAAUCACAGCAAGUGCUGGCUUAAACUUUUUUGACAAGCUCAAGUUUGAUAUAAGUAGCAAAGAUUCGCACCAGAGCUCAUCACUUCAGGCAUAUCAGUCUAAUAUUACAUACUCUCUCGUCCAGAGCCAUGGCGGUAUAGCUUUUUACCCAGGCAUCACUCUGCAGAAGUGGCAGGAAAGCAUCAGGAACAACCUGGUCGCUAUCGACCGUUCAGGAUUGCCGCUCCACUACUUUAUAAACACCAACACGUUCCCCGAUCUGCCAGAGCCCACAGUUGGCAAGGUGGCUCUAUCAGUGAGUCACGCAAUAGAGAGCUACUACAGGGUCAACACCCGCCCUGGGUGUGUUGACAUCAACUCUAAGAAUUUCAACUUCCAGGCCAAUAUCGAUGAUGCGUCCUGUGACGGCCCUCUGACCAAUCUCAGCUUUGGUGGUGUCUACCAGACAUGUAGUAAAAUCAGCAAAGAUGCAGAUCCACUUUGUGAGGCUCUGGCCCAGAAAAACCCAGACACAGGUGACUUCUCCUGCCGUCAGCCUUACCUCCCCACUCUGCUGCGAUCAGAGGAGAGGCAGCAGGGUUACAGUUUGUACGAAUGCCAUGACAAAAGCUAUCAUUGUGGGUUUUUGGGCCUUUUUAGAUGCCACAGUCGUGAGUGUGAGAAAAACUACUAUGUUCGCACUGCUCAUGUUGACACCUACUGGUGCUCUGUAAAUGGAAAAGCCCCAGACAACUCAGGAUACCUGUUUGGAGGCCUGUACAGCCCCUCCCGUGUGAAUCCCCUCACCAAUGCCAAAAGCUGCCCCCAAAACUUCAUUCCAGUAAAGUUUCUCUCUGAUGGUCAAGUGAUCUGUGUGAGCAAUGACUAUGAAGCUGGCACCAGAUUCUCUGUGCCUUUCGGAGGCCUUUUCAGCUGCCAGUCAUCCAACCCACUGGCAGAGGGUCAACGUCGCUGCCCUCCUCAGUUCAGUCAGCACCUCGCUACAAUCAGCGAUGGCUGUGAGAUCCUCUACUGCGUCAAGUCAGGAUUGUUCACUGGUGGGCAGCUGCAACCAGUUCAUCUACCUCCUUUCAGUCAGCCGCCACUUUUUACCGUGCAAGCCACAAACACAGUCAUGGUGAUGACUGAGGGACAGAGAAACUGGAUCAGAGUGGGACAAACCAAGAUGUGGAAAUUGGCGAGGCCGGAUGAAAUCAAGGAGACUAUAAGGAGGCUCAACGCAGACUCACAUCAGAUGUCUAGUGGAGCAAAGGCAGGAGUGGCUCUUGGGGUGAUUGGUUUGGUUGUCUUGGUGGUUGUAGGAGCGCUGUUCUUGGUAAAAAGGAGAAGGAUAGGAUUAUCUUCUGGAUUUAGGAUGAACAGGGGCUAUGAAGCAAUAAGCGGAGAGAUGGAGAGUAACAGGGCAGAAAUGGAGACACAGGAGCAAGCAUCAGAACAGACAGCCUAGAUGCUUGGGACAGAAGUGAAUAAGGUGUGGCAGAUUUUUUAAUAACUUCCUUUUUGAUUAUAUGUGUCACUUUAUAUUUCAUUUUGUUGUGAUUAAUAGGACAGAGCUACUCUGUUAAUAGGACAGAGCUACUUUGUACUUUGUUUUAAUUCUAUGCCUUUUGAAACAACAUUAAUGACUAAUUCACAUGAACAAAUUUUAACAAGAGCAAUAAAUAAUGUAUCUAGUUGAUUUUGUUAUUUUAGAGAUAUGUUUAAGGGAGAGGAUUGUUUUCUUAUAUCCAUUUUCAUAACUUUGACAUUUCAGAAUGACAAAUAUUUAACAUUUACAAAUUUAAGAUUAUGAGUGUUCCAGAUUCUACAAUGAUCUGCUUCUAAAAUCAAUGCAAGUACAGUCAUUGUAAGUGUGGUUGGAGGUUACAGUAAACCAACAUUGCCCUCUUAAGGCCAAAGUCAUGUAGUGCAAUAUUUUUGAUCACUUUUCAAAAGCUUGACAGUACUGUACGACAAUAUUUGAAUAUGCCAUUCAUAAAAUGUUGUUUAAAACAUUGCUGUUACCUAUCAACUGACAGUAGGUAAGAAUUACAGCUUUAUUGUUGUAACUUUAGUAUCAGAACAUGGAUGAAACAUUUAGGAUUUAGGAUUUACAAAUUUUUAAAUACAUUUUACUCUUGAGAUUUUCAUAAAAAAAAAAAAACUCAUACUUGGUUGACUUUGCUUCUGUUACCUGUCUA